GCUGCAGCGCUGAGCGUGGAUUCCACCAGAUGCACAUGGCCCUCACCCAGGAUGAGAAUGCAUCGACUGUAGGCAUCCCUUUGAAAGUGUUGGUCUUCAGUGACGUCCAUGGGAGCUGCAAGAAAGAUGGAAGUAUGAUCUCUGCCUCCACCCAUAUCGAUGAGUUCAAGGCUUCUAAAGCUGCGGAGAAGAUCGCGACCACUGAUGCCCACAUCAUCUUGUUUGGCGGCGAUUCAACCCUCAUCCCGAACACGAUUAUGUGUGAAGACUCCAAUUUUGAAGAGCUCAACGUGUUCCUUGAUUGGUUUAUCACAAUCCAACCAGGGAAGUUGAAGGUAUUCAUCCCUGGCAACCACGAUGUUUGCCUGGAUGAAAGCAGCACAGCAGACGAUGCGGGCCAAACGAAGAAGACGCGGAGGGAAGCGUUGUUCGCCAAGAUGGCAAAUAACAACAUCUACUACAUCGGAGCAGCGGGAUGGCUGGAGGUUCCCUUGGGCGGGGAGGUGUCCUUCAAGGUCCUUGCUUCGGGCAUGUCCCAGGGCCGUCCCCCUGGCAUGACCCAGUUUGCGGAGGGCUUUGGCCUGAGCGAGACUGGCCCCUUCGGGCCGGAGAAGUUGGGCGGCAAGAUCUUCGGCGCGUGCCUGGGGGCCUUCCAGUAUUGCCCGGCCACCGGGGCAGAGACCAGCAACGUGGACUGCGCCGACACGGUCCAGAAGGUCACGGAGAUGAUCCAGGAGGCCAGUGGGAGGCUCGGGAACGAAGCAGACCUCGCGCUGAUGCACGGGCCUCCGGAGAACCUGGGAGUGAAGUUCGGGCCUGGAGGGGGCACCGGUCCUACCGGGCAGAUGGCAGAUGCCAUCAUGAAGCCUUUGCUCGUCAAGAACGGGGUUCUCCGUGUGGGGCAUUACCACCCAACGUCCGAUUGGACUGAGGGCCAUCGAACUCAGACGCUCACCUGCGCCGCCGAUGGCUGCUCAGGCGCGGUGGAGAUGAAGUUUGUGUCCGUCAAGGCACAGCGGCCGGAAAUCUGCGACUACCCGAGUGCGGAUGAUGCGAUGCACGUGCCUGAUGAGCACACCUUCGCUCAUCUGCAGGUGACGCAACUGGGGGUGCCCACGAAUUAUGGGAAUGUGGUCAACCGGCUCACCCAGGAAGUGACGGGCAAGUACACGUGGACAGGACCUACGUUCCAAGAGGCGGAAACCACCAGGAUGUACAAGGUGGUUGAGCGCCACGGAAAGAACGUGAUUCAGCCCGUGUUGGGUUGGCGCCCUGAGCGCUUCGAGCACGAGGGUGAGGCCUUGCGCUUUGCGCGGCAGAACGGGCAGAUGGCCUGCAAUGACCCCUUCCUCACCAACGUUCAGGCUGACUACAAGACUGCCUCACCAGUUGCCUGGACAAGGCGAGAGCACUUGGUGACGCGAGAAGUAGGUUUGCUGAUCUUUGUGCCGUGGUUCUGCUAUGUGCUGUUGCUGGUGACCUUUGCACUUCCGCCCCCAGGCAUCUUCUGGAACAUCUUGGCUUUCCUCGCUUGGAGCUUGGUCUGCCUGGGUGCAGGUACCAGCUACGACUUGCAGCGUCGCCAAGGGACUCCCAUCUACAAGUUGCUCACCAUCACCGUGCUGAUCAGCUGCCUGGCCGGGCCGCUGGUGGGGCACCACAUCUUUGUGACCGAGAUGAGCGGCUACUGGAUGCACAAGUCCGGGGUGACCUACAAGGACGUGGUGCCGUCAAAGCACGCCGACGCCUUCCAAGAUGCGGGCAUCAUUGACUUUGCGGCCAGCGCGCAGCUGGACCUGCGGAAGAGCUUCGGGGUGCGCGCCUUCGGAGAGACGGAGACGUACUGCGUGGCCCCUGUGGUGGAUGCGGCGCAGCCGGGCGCGGUGAGCUUCUUCGCGGCGGGGGUGGACUGCUGCGAGCCCCGGCGGAGCUUUCUCUGCGGGGACGCCCUGAAGCCCAGCGCCAGAACCGGCGUGGUCUUGCCUUCAUCAGCCUCCAGCUACAACGCUGCGAGAUGGGACCGCUUUCACGAUGCUGCGACGCGGGCUGCGAAGGUCCAUGGCUGGCAGCUUCCAGAGCGGCCCAUCUUCCUGCGCUGGUUCGAGGAUGCAGAGGCUGUCCAGUCCGAGCUUGCGCACCGGGGCUUAGUGGAGGCCUUCAUCCAGAGCUUCGCGGGCCUUUGCGCAUCCACGGUCAUGGCCAUGUGGCUGCAUUGGUCCCUUACGUACUAUGCGCGGGAGGGGGAGGCCAAGGCUGAAGCGAGGCGGUCUGUGACUGGCUGUUGA